UUAUUUUGAUUAUAAUAAAUAAUUCAAUAGUUAAAUAAUAAUUACACAUAGCCAACCAUAUAGGUAUGGUAUCUAUUCAUCUACCUGGUGAACAACUCUAACCAAAUAUCAUCCAGAUACCAGCAGUUCAUACACCAUUUACCUAUAAUAAUCAUGUCAUCAAAUCAAGAUCGUUAUCCUGUUGUUACAAUUAUAAUUCAAAUUGUGCGGAUAUUUGUGUUUUAAUGGAAUGUACAUCAAGAGUAUUGUGUGCGUUUACACGAGGGGUCAAAUAAACAAAACAAAAUAUAUUUAAUUGAUCAUAAUGUAUAACGGUGGUGCUAUUUUAAAUCAAACGCAACAAGAAAUAGUACAAUCUUCAUCAAUAAAUACAAAAUUUAAAUAUCAAUUAAGAGAUUUCUUGGAACGUUAUUCAUUACCUCGUGUUGUUCAAAUACAAGAUAAACAGGAGUUUGAACAUCAUACAUCACAAUCACCAUCAGUAACUGCAUCGUCAUCGUAUCCUGCAUCAUCAUCUUCUUCAUCUAGUCAUCACCAUCAAACACAAAUUUUAUUACUUUAUAAAUAUAUUGAUCAAUAUAUCAAUUACAUUGGCGUACCAUUCACGUUCAGUUCAUCAAAGAAGCAACAACGUGUACAGAAUGCUAUUGACAGUAGUAUAUAUUUUCCGGAAGGUUAUGAAGGCUGGUUUUCUGUUAUAAACAAAGAAACAAAUAAAGUAAGUGCAAUUGCAUAUAAUUCAAUGGUGCAACUUGUUUCCGAACAAGUAUAUACAUUUUUAAGUACAACACCAAUUAUUGGAUAUAUAUUCAAUACAAGUCCAAAUAUUACAACGAAACAAUCUGGUGGCUAUAUCAAACAUAAAUAUGAAGCUGGCGAAGUGUAUCAAUUACGUGGUGUUUUUCAAGAUAAUCCACGUAAUUCAAACAGUCAUUCGAAGGGUAUAAAUAUUAGUGGGAAAAGUCGACGUGAUUUAUCUAAUCGUUAUGCACAAUUAGUAAAUAUUCAUACGAAUCAAGAAUUAUUUGUACCUUUAGUAACAAAAGGUUGUUAUUAUGAAAUAUCUACAACAAGCAGUAAUAAUAAUAUUGAUAAAGAUUGUAUUUAUCAAUUAAAUACAUUAUUUAAAUAUUGUAAAUUACCAAUUAUGGUUAAAUUAAUUGCGGGUCAAUUACCUAAAUCAUUAGGUAUUAAAUAUAAUUAUGAUACAUUUCUAAUAAACAAUAAAAUUCAAGAAUCCAUAAUGUUUGCAUGUUUAUUACCAACAAAUCAAUCAAAUCUAACAAAAAAAGAUACAAAACAAAAUUAUCAAAUUCGUUUAUUAAAUUAUCAAUCAAAAUUAAAAAUGUGUAAAACAUUAUUAGGUUUUGAUUCCGAACAUAAAAUGUUACAAUCCACAUGUAUACAACAAGCAUUUGUAUACUGUAAACAACAAUAUAAUAUAUUUAUAUCACGAGCACGUACACAAUCAGAAUGGCAUUCUUAUCAAACACAAUUAAAUACACUAAUUAAUAAUCAUAAUUAUAAUACCACACAUAGUCAAUUAUCAAAUGAACAGAAUAAUGUUAUGAAUAAAAAACAGUUCUUUAAUAUAUUUAAAAAAUCAACAACAACAAAUAAUACACAAAUAUCUGCUACACCUAUCACAAAUCCAUCUAGUCAUCAACAGCCAACAAAUAAUAAUAAAUUAAAAUCAAUGGAUCGAUACAAAGAUAUGUCGAAAUUAAUCGACGACACAUUUAACAUCAAUAAAAAUCAAUCGAAUCCAAUUAAAAAAUCAGCAUCGUUUAUGUUUACAACAAAACCAAUCACAAAUAUCGCCGAUACAAUACUUCCAUCAACUAUAACAUCUUCUAAUGCUGAUUUGAUAAACAAAUCAAAUUCGUUAAGUAGUAUUUAUAGUAUGAAUAAUAAUAACAAUAAUAACUCAUAUAUUACGGAUCGAUUAUGUUCGAAAUUUCAUGUGAAAUCGAAAAAUAUUAAACGUGUUGUACCAUCGCACAAGAGUAAAGAACAACUUUUAACAGCGAAUAAGAAAGAAGCGUCUACGUCAAAACAAUUAGUUCAUGAAGAAUUAUCAACGGAUAUUACAACAGAUCAUCUUCAUCAACCAACAGUUCCCAAGUGUAGUAUGAUACGUGAUGUAUCUGAAUAUAUGAGUGCAGUAGAUGCGAUUAAUAAAGACGCAAAUUUGAAUGGUAGUCAUGAAUCGUUAGAUAAUGAUGAGAGUGAAAAUAUUUAUGUGGAAAUUGGUGAAAAUAACUAUAUGGGUACAUCUAGUUCAAGAAGACAGUUAAUUAAUAAUGAAGCAUAUUAUGAACCAAUUUAUACUACGUUAAAAUAAUUCUGAAUCAUAACUUUAGAAUUUUUUGAAUGAUUAAAUAUUGUGAAAGGUAUUUUGAUUGUGUGAAGAAUCGACGAGUGUAAUAGCUCAUUGGAACAUUGAUCUCGUUUAUAUCUUUAAAACAGUCGCAAACGCAUGAUAUUAAAAUAAUAAGAAAUUGAGCCUUAAACUUGCAGUAAAAUAAUUGCGAAAGCUGUGUUUCGAACUAGGACUAGAAACCUGCCUUAUUAGCCAAGCCUUGAGUAUAUGUGUGUACUAGGCAUUUCAAACCACCUACACUACAUAUAAAAUAAAAAAUAUUUCAUUGAAUGUAUAACUUGGAAUCCUUUAUUGGAAAUAAAGGAGACUCAUGCUCAUUACAAUAUAACAAAAAAAAUUUAAGUAGUUAUUAAAAAUUUUUUAUUAUGUAUUUUAUAAGGAACAACUUUCUAAAACUUAGUUAACAAAAUGAAGUUGAAUAAGCCGCUUCUCUGCGAAAAGGAAGUUGAAGACAUUUAUAUACAUUAGUAUUCAAUGAAAUAUUGUUAAUUUUGGAGGGAUUGUACGGAUGGUUCAUUUCUCACUUUGUACAUUCCAGGCCUGAGCAGCUCUACUUUGAGUAUGAGCUAUUUAUUUUUCGAAACACAGUAAGCGCAAAUCGUUAACUGACUAAUUACGUGAUAUUGAUUUUUUGCUAGCUUUGACGAAAGUUAUUAUAUUUUUCAGAUUUUUGUGAUAAAAACUACGUUUAAAGAAUGGCGCAAAAUGAAUGUUAUAGCUAUUGGUUUCAUUACAUUAUUGGCUUUCUAAUUCGUUGUAUAUGUUGCAGCCAACUAGCUUAAUUAGCCGUUCAGUUAACACCUUAUCCUUUUGCUAAACUAUGCCGUUCAACUAGCGGCCUGAAUUAUUUUCACGCGUAUCGUCUAGUACAACAAUUAAUGAACCAGCUGACUGAUGCUUUCAUACAAUAGAGUAACCAUUUGACAAAAAAAGAUGAAAUAUUCAUUAGAAAUUGUUUAUGCACGUUAUUGGAAAUAUCACAUAUUAUUAUUUGGUAAUCAUGAGAUCAAAUAGAGUAACUUAAUAACAAAAUACACAUGUUAGUAAUCAAAAUAUUAUUUGUUAACGCAAGUAAAACUUCCAUAGCAUUUGGAUCCGCAAAGAAUUUUGUUUUUAAAACAAGCACAUCUAUUGUUGCAACUAAUUCACGGCAUGUUUACAACUACAUUUUUGGAAUCUCUGACCACCAAAAGGGGACUAACUUGCUGAAGCCUCUCUCAAAGAAAUUGGAAAUUCUGAAAUUUCGUAGCCAUUGCUUGUAUCUAACUAAGUACUGCAACUCAUGCCGUGAAAAUCAGUUUGGAAUAAAAAAUUUUUGCGUAAACUCAAUCAAUUUGUGUUAUACAAACUCAAUCAAUAUUUCAACAAUAUUGUUCCUUGCCGACGCCAUAUUCACAGUGUAAAGAUUUCAGCGCUAGGUGGCAGAAUGUGGAACUAAAUUUAAAUGACUAGGCAAGUAUUUAACCGUUAUACAUCCAAGUCGUUUGAUUAAAUGUUUAGUAAAAAGACUAGACUGUGAUAUAUACAAUGUUUUUACUCUAAGAAUGUGCGGUUUUUGUUUAUCAUAAAAUAUUUAUUAUGAAAGUUGAAACGACUUGUUUCGGUUUUCAAAUGGGUAUUGUUUCAAACGCUCAUUUUGUUCCACUCUGUAUAUUCUUACAAAAAUUUAAAAUUUUAAAUUUAAAAAAAUCACACUUUAAUUUACUGCAGGUCCCUGAAUUUUAUGUUUGAAUAUCAACAAUAAAAUUCGAUAGUUAAUAUAUUCUUAGUACGCUUGUAAAUUGGUGCUACAUCAUAAGAUGAGCUGUAUAUAGGUGAUACUUUCUGUUCUUAUAAUACCUAAGCAUUGUAUUCCGUGUAAUUGUUUUCUUUAAAUAAAUACUUACGCAUGUUACCUAAUCAUUAUCUAAACUUUAUU